GAAGGACUCGGGUGAAGCUGCAGAGCUGCCUUUGAGCCCUGACUCCUUGGCUUCCUGGGUCGGAGGAGAUCUUGUAAUGGAAUGGUUCUUCGUCUCACACUAACAAGAUGCCUGAUUUCCUCAGGAUCGAGGGGUUGAAGAAUGUCCCGAGUUCCUUUGGGGAAAGUCCUCCUGAGAAAUGUCAUCCGGCACACAGAUGCUCACAAUAAGAUACAGGAGGAAUCAGAUAUGUGGAAAAUAAGAGAACUGGAGAAACAGAUGGAUGAUGCUUACCGGGGAACCAAAAGGAAAAUGUUACCCAGCAGUUCAAGCCGGAUGCGCAGUGAUGGUUUUGAUGAAGAAAGUCAAAGAGACUACUGGAGGCCAAAGAAUGAAAUUUGUGGAGCACUGGAUGAUGGUUUUCUUAAGGCUAAAUCCUGGAACAAGAAGUUAUAUGAUUAUGAAGCUAACAUGCCAGACAGAUGGGGCCACAGUGGAUAUAAAGAGUUAUACCCUGAAGAAUUUGAAACAGACAGUAGUGAUCAGCAAGAUAUUACCAAUGGGAAAAAACCAUCUCCCCAGGUGAAAUCAUCUACCCAUGAAUCUCACAAACACAAGAAGUCAAAGAAGUCCCACAAAAAAAAGCAGAAAAAAAAGUCACACAAAAAACAGAAGAAGAGCAAAAAGGAAGCCACAGAUAUAACAGCAGAUUCCUCAAGUGAGUUCUCAGAAGAAACUGGGGCUUCUAGUACCAGGAAAAGGAAGCAACCACACAAACGCAAGAAAAAAUCCAGGAAAAAGUCUCUCAAGAAAUCUCCUUUAUUCUUAGAGGCAGAGAGUGACACUUCCCCAUCAGAUGAUUCUGCAUCCAGCAGUUCUGAGGAAAGUGAGGAAAGAGACACUAAGAAAACCAAAAGGAAAAAGAGACAGAAAAAAGUCCACAUCCCUGUAGUUAACAAUGAAAUACAGGAGAGGACAAACAAACGCACUAAUUGGAAAGUGGCUACAGAUGAAAGGUCUGCCGAGAGUUCAGAGGAUGACUAAAUGAGAGAGAAGCAUUCUUGUUUUCUGCAUGACUGGAUAUUUACAGUUCUUACACCUUGGGGUUUGCCAGUGA